CUGCCGAGGUGCGGGAUGAGCCACCUGGGCUGGGCCCUGUGGCCGCGGCCCCUCCUGCGGGGGCUGCGCCGCGUCUCGGUGGCGGCGGGUCUGUGCCGGUGCUCGCCAGGCACCAGCAGUGCCUCCGUCGCGGGUAUGGAGGAGCUGCUGAGCCGUUCCGUGCCGCCGCUGCCGCCCUACGAGACCAAGGAGAAGGCGCCGCCCCCCGCGGAGCUGCGCAGCGCGGAGUUCGUGCGGUACUACCGCGGCCUGGAGGCCGGGCCACCCCGCGCAGAGCUGCUCACUCGCUUGGCCCGUGACUUCGGCGUGGAUCAUGGGCGGGUGGCGGAGUUCAGCGCCAAGGUGCUGCAGGCCCGUGAGCAGCAGAGGGAGCUGGGCGCCCUGCUGCAGGCCGAGGACCGGCUCCGCUACUACCUCAACCCCCAGUACCGGGGUCUCUUCCAGCACCUGGGCCGCCUCGAGGGUGGGCUGCGCUUCCUGGUGGAGCUGAGGGGCGACCUGGUGGAGGGGCUGGCGAGCAAGGCGGUGGAUGGGCCGCAUGUCAAGGAAAUGAAUGGAGUUCUAAAGAACAUGCUUUCAGAGUGGUUCUCAACAGGAUUCCUGAACUUGGAAAGGGUUACUUGGCAAUCACCUUGUGAAGUACUACAGAAAAUUAGUGAUUCUGAAGCUGUGCAUCCUGUUAGAAACUGGGUUGAUAUGAAGCGUCGAGUUGGGUCAUAUAGAAGAUGCUACUUUUUUUCUCACUGUGCAAUCCCAGGAGAACCACUGAUAGUCUUGCAUGUUGCACUAACCAGUGAUAUCUCCAGCAGCAUCCAGGCCAUAGUGAAAGAGGUGCCACCUUUAGAAACAGAAGAUGCAGACAAAAUUACAACAGCAAUUUUCUACUCAAUCAGUUUAACUCAGCAGGGACUGCAAGGUGUGGAACUUGGGACUUACCUCAUCAAGCGGGUUGUAAAAGAGCUGCAGAAAGAACUUCCUCAGAUAAAAGCUUUCUCUACUCUUUCACCUAUACCAGGAUUCACAAAAUGGCUUGUUGGUCUCCUCUCCUCACAAGCAAAAGAACUGGGAAGAAAUGAACUGUUUACGGAAUCAGAAUGGCAAGAAAUCUCUGAGAUCACAGGAGACACUACUACUGAAACACUGAAGAAGAUCUUAAAUAACAAUGAGUGGGUGAGAUCAGAGAAAUUAGUUCAAGUGCUCCAUUCACCAUUUAUGAGGCUCUGCGCCUGGUACUUGUAUGGAGAGAAGCAUCGUGGCUAUGCCCUUAAUCCAGUAGCAAAUUUUCAUCUUCAGAAUGGUUCUGUGAUGUGGCGGAUAAACUGGAUGGCAGACACAAGCCCUCGGGGCAUUGCUGCUUCGUGUGGCAUGAUGGUAAACUACAGGUACUUCUUAGAGGAUACAGCCAGCAACAGUGCAGCAUACCUGGGCAGUAAACAGAUUAAAGCCUCAGAGCAGGUUCUUUCCUUGGUGUCUCAAUUCCAGCAAAACAGCAAGCUUUAAUUAAAUAUUAUGAAAAGCAAGAACAAGUGUUCCUCACCUAUAAAGACCUGUAAUAAUUUACUCAGCUCAGUGCAAUGAAAGGUUACCUAGGUUCCCAGUCUUGCUUACUUUGUCAUAUAUUCAAAGCCUGAUUGACUGUGAUUGAGCCACUGCAAGUUCUAGAUAUCUAUUAUGUGCAAAUAUGUAUGUAUGA